GUCAGGCCGUACAAUUUUACCCAAAAAAGCACAUAAAGACGAGCGAAUCAGUCGGUGUUGGAGGAGACGCUGAUCAGAAUUAGGUGCGAAGAUAUAUAAAGGAGACCGCGACGAGAUCGGGGUUCGCUGUCGCUUUGAGGAAGGCUCGAUCUCGUCUUCGCGAUCCGAGUCUGCUCCUCCACUUGCGACUCGCGUGAUCCCCGAUCCUCCGCCGCGGGGCGGACGAAGCACUGCCCUCUCACCGAUGGCGCUGAACCAGACGCGCGCCUGCUCGCCGGCGCUGUUGAAGCUGGGGUUGGGGGUAAUGGCUCUGUGCAUCGCUGGUUACAUCCUGGGCCCACCUCUGUACUGGCAUUUCAUGGAGGGAUUAGCCGCCGUUAGCCGCUCCUCUUCCUCCGCCUGCCCUGCCUGUGACUGCGAUUGCUCUUCUCAGCCUCUCCUCUCCAUUCCUGAAGGACUCAGCAAUGGCUCCUUCGCAGAUUGUGCAAAGCGUGAUCCGGAGGUCGGUGAAGAUACGGAAAAGAAUUUUGCAGAACUUCUUUCAGAGGAAUUGAAGCUCCGUGAAACUGAAGCUUUGGAAAGUCAACAACGCGCUGACAUGGCUCUGCUCGAAGCCAAGAAGUUGACAUCGCAGUAUCAGAAAGAGGCAGACAAAUGCAAUUCAGGAAUGGAAACAUGUGAAGAAGCAAGGGAAAAGGCUGAAGCUGCAUUUGUAGCACAAAAGAAGUUGACGGCUAUGUGGGAACUGAGGGCUCGACAAAGAGGAUGGAGGGAAGGAGUCACCAAAGCUCGUUCCCAGUCUCAGGGAAACGUGCAGUCAGCUUAGAAUGUCACUAGUUGCAAAAUGCUCAUGUUCAGUUGAAAAGGUGCUGGAGGAAAUUGUAUUACGGUGUGCUUUCCAGGACUGGCUUUUGGAUCAAUCUGAUCUAAAUCUCUGGCCGCCAUCAAUAUUCAUUGCCCUAUCGAGUAUGCAGCCCAUUGCGUUGUGGAGGCAUCUGAGGAAGCAAAGCAGAUCAGAUGACCCUGGUUCCUGUAACAUAUAGUACGUAACCCUAGGCUAUUGGGUUACUGUGUGAACCUUGUUGAUCUUGAAAGUGAACCAUGGAAGUCCAUUUUACUGGGGAUAAGUUAUUAGGAUGUGUUAUGUAGAGAUACGGAUGGAAUUAGUGGGGAACCAUGGAGUCCUGAAUCAAUUUCGAAAACUAUGGUUGAUUGCUGUGUUUUAUUGCAUCAAAUUUUUCUGCACGUCCUUUUCUCUGUCAUUGAAAGACGGGAUAAUGAAUUGUUUUGUAGGG